UAAAGUUGAACGAAAUCGGCAUAAUCAUACCUGUUAUUCUUUUCUUGCUGUUUGUACCAAGCCAGUAUAUCGAAUAAAACUACGCGAUAAAUAAAUGAUGUCCUAUAAGAACCUUGACACGAGCUAUGAUUUUUUUUUAUAGCAUGCACUCUCAAUCUUUCGUGUGCCGAUAGCUCGUCGCUUUUUUUCCUUAAUCAGAUUAGCACGGCGAUCCAGCAGGAAAUAAAACGCGUGCGACCAGUACGAAGUAAACCUAAAUUUCUCCGUAAAACGAGGUCAGAAUGAGAUAUCCGUUAACUGACCAGUCGAGUGUCGAACGUUCAACAAGGAGUACUAUCCAUCUCACGAAGAGAUGUUCUUCCGUAGUCAUUGAAUCCGGCAUCGUUAAGGACGCGAGAUGAGGGCUGCCUGUUUGCUACUCUUCUUCGCUGUUCUUUGCAUUCAAAGCUCCUUGCAACGGAUUAACAAGAGAGCUUCUGAUUCGGAGAGAACGUUAGAAACGUCCGUAGACAAUGAUAUAUUGGCCGUUACGAAAAACGGCGAUUCCAAGAAGAAUGAAGAAGAUUGGAAUACAAAGAAAUUACAAGAAUUGCUGAAACAAGUGACGAAUUCUACGUCGAACACCACGACUCAGGUGACCGCCACGAAACAAGGUCCUUGUCAAUGCGGAGGAGGUGUCUGCGGUUGUUGCUCUAGAAUUUUAUUCGACACUUGGAAACAGAAAGCAUGCGUGAAUGUGACGUACGAUCCGGAUGAGUUUAGCUUUACCGCGAAGAUUUCGAUGAAUAAUAGAGUUCUGUAUACAAGAACCAUAUCUGGAAAGAAUCCUCGGCCAAUAUGUGUGCCAGUGCCACGAAUUCCAAUCGUUAAAGCGUGUGUUCGAUUUUAUAACAUUUAUUUCCAGGGCAGAAAUAUUCAUGCGUGUAUAAAUAUGGAGGGAAAGUUUCAAGAUUUCACGAUAUUUAAGGUCGGAUUAGAUUGCAUUAGAUUCGGUGUAAACGGUUUGGCUCUGGUAAAGCCAGAGGACGGAGGUGGAUUAGGUCAAAUAGAAUUCUUGCCAGGUGAUGACGAUGAUGAGGAUGAAGACGAUUAUGAUUACGACGACGACGACGACGAUGACGACGAUUUACUUGAUUUCUGAGGAAACCUAAGAUUCUGUUCGUGACAGUCGCGAAGGACUUAAUAGUACAAUUACGCAUUCCUACUGCCAUCGUAUGGCAGCAAUCAUUAUUUAUUAUAUUUUCUUUUUAUGUUUAAGAGCGUAACGCAACGAUCUGUUCGUAAACUAAUAGUCUGAUGAUUGUCAACGAGUUCGGUCAUGUUUUAUAAUGUAACUUUGCGUCGUUCGAAACAUCGAAUUAACUGCUGAAUAUCGUAAUGUACAUUAUCAAGAGACGAAUAAAUAGAUGUAUUUGAAA